AAUCUUCAUACUGUGACGAAAGAGACAGCAAUAGAAAAGUAGAAAAACGUCUAGUGGAAGGACGUAUGAUCGUUUAUAAUUAUGUGAAGUUUAAAUUCGUGAAUGUAAUAUUUGUUCCGCCUAAUACACGGACGGAUUAGAACGAAAUUGCUACGUGAAAGUGUUACAUAUUCGAGUAUAUCUUAUUGUGUUGUGGACUGGUUAUUGUAUAGGUUAUAAUAAUACAUAGGCAUGUAAAAUGUCAUAGAUAUAACAAUUGUAAAAGAAGAGUGGCUAAUAAAUUAUUCUCCUGUUAUUUCCAAUAAAUACGGAAGUAAGACAGCCGAAGAUAAUUAGAUAAGUUUCGAUGACUAACUACUGGUGGCUAAGGUGGAUAUUACAGCGAAGAUAAGAUCUUUGCGAAUCGUGCAACUCUUUAAUUGCAGAAGUAAUUACUGCAUACCAUUCAGUGCAAUAACGAUGACGACCUUAGACUCACAGACCGAUAAAACUUUAAGCAAUCUUGAUAAGCUUUCUAACACGGAGCUAGCUGAAAUUCCAUCCGAUCAUGGACUUCCUGUUGGAAUAAGCCCGUUGGAAUCUCGGGUAGCCGGACAUCCGUCGUUAGACAUCGAACGGCAGACGAUUGGCAUGUUACGUAGAUCAGACGGCCGUGUAUAUAAACCUGUUGUUAAACCGUUACUUGGGAAAAGAGAAAUCUCGUUUUACGAAAAUUUACAAACAUCUCAAGAUCCUGUUAUGUUACAAUUGAAAAAUUAUGUUCCAAGAUAUUACGGCACGACAGAGUUGCAAAUUUUUGGCAGACGAGUAACAUUCCUUACGCUGAAAGAUAUUACCGAUGGUAUGGCGGAACCGUGCGUGAUGGAUAUAAAAAUAGGUAGACGAACGUGGGACCCUUUAGCCACGCCGGAGAAAAAGGCAACCGAAGAAUUAAAAUACGCCGAGUCUAAACGCACUUAUGGAUUCUGUAUAACCGGAUUUCAAGUAUAUUGCGUUUCGUCCGGCCGAUUAAAACAAUUUGGCAAACAUUACGGCAAGACUCUCGAUGCUAAAGGUGUCGUGGAAGCGCUGAAAAUCUUCCUGAAUAUAAGCCCAGAAAGACCGCCCUGUCGCCAAUUGAUCGUGAUGCUGCUCUCUUUCUUGUGGAAGAUCUUACUAUUCUUUCGUAUCCAGCGGUUGUUCCGCUUUUAUUCUAGUUCUUUGCUGGUGGCAUACGACGCGAAACGAUUGCGCCACUAUCUCCGCCCGAAUAACACGAACGACACGAGAUUAUUAACACGCAGCCGCACAUCGUUACCAACGGCCGAGCCAUGCCCCACCACCGCGAGUAACGCGCGUGCAAACUCGUCGAACGUGUGCGUGGUGGAGCACGUGAGCGGUGCGACGAGUGAUGAUUCGGCCGAUCAAUUCGCCGAGGCCAAUAGGAAUCGGACGAUGGAGAGGGUGCAUUUCGUUAAGAGGAGCAUCAGUUUGAGCGGCGAUUACUACGAUUACUCGUCCACGGGAAAGGAGAAGACGUUGAGCAGAAGCGAGUCGUGUAGUCCAGACCUCAGAGUCGAUCGGCCGAUGUGUCGUACCGAUUCUUACGUGACGAGCAGCGCCGACAACGACAACAACGACAACAACAACGACGACGACGACGACGACGAUGAUGACGACGACGACGACGACGACGACGACGUUGCGAGGAACAAGGAGGAUUACGAUGAUUUGUUGAACGAGCUUACCGGUUCCACGGAGGAGAAUUGGGUUAGAAUCAAUAUGAUCGACUUUACGCACGUCUUCCCGGCAGAGGAUCAAAAUACUCUGGAUCUGAAUUAUUUAGAAGGGAUCGAGAACUUGAUCAAACUCGUGGAGAUGUUCCUGAUCACUAAGGAUGUCACUGCAUGAACUAUACGUAUUUAUUAUUAUUUACGCAACGUAGGAAAGUUGUUGUUACAAAUUUCUCCCCCUGCCCCCCUCCCUUCCUUCUCCCCCCUUUCCCCCUUUUAAAUCGCAAUACGAGAUGUUAUAUAAUUGUAUUUUAUAUUCUUUAAUAAAAUUAGAUUGAUUUUUCGACGUUAGGUCAAAAAAAAAAAAAAAAAAAAACCGAAAGUUGUAACUCGUGAUAACAAUAAUGCACAUUACGUUACACGUGUACGAAUCGAGAAGUGAAAGCUUUUUGUCAAAGUGUGUGUUGUGCAAUAAUUCCUAAAACGAGAGAUAACGGUGAAAUAUUGGUAUAAAUAAUUUUAAAGCUUUCAGAGAGAUGAGCGUAUCUCUUGUGUAAUUGGACACAAAAUAUGUAAAACACAUUGAAAAACAUUGAAUGUUAAUUAAUUUCGUAACAAGCGUAUAACGACGUUUAUAAUGCUCUCAUCUUUUUUUUUUUUUUUUUUUUUUUUUUUUCUUUCGGUGCACCUUCACCAGGUACUCGAUACUCCACCUUUAUCGAAGACCAUAUGUCCGUUGGUUUGUUCACAUACAUGGUCGUACGUACGUACAUACGUAUAUGUAUAUUCCUCAUUCACACAACACAUUGUUGUAGCCAUUGAUUGUUCGUAUUAUUAAUUCGUAUCAUUUCUUUUCUUAUGUUCUUACCCAAUGUGCAAAUAAGAUUCUAUAACCAUAUUUACUUACUAAACUAAACAAAAAAUUGUUAUGUUAAUAUGAAUACAAAACAUACAAGUGUUAAUGUAAUAAAAUACGUUUCAACAGUU